GAGCGCCAUUUGAUUACAAACAACUUUUGUGAAGACACCAUUUACAAAAAACUAAUAUUUAAUAGUGAAAAUAUUUUUGUCACGCUAAUUUCCUGUUUCGGACCACUGUGCACUGUGCGAUGUCGUAAAAUGAACAAAGCUGGAAACAAUUUUUGCUACAACAAUAGCUCACUGCGAUGAAGAAACUCAUUUCUAAUAACCACCGCGGUACAUCAUCGGAAAGUUUAAACGUAGGCGAUAUUGAGACUUACCUUACCUUCAUGGCAAGCUAUUCCAAAAUAGCAUACUCCUCAUUGUGCCCCACAGAGUAAACACAGCGUGAAUUGUAUGAGCGUGAGCAGAUCGACCAUCCUCACUCACCGGUCACUGUCUCACGAUCAGCUGGCAAUAGGUUCUCUCAUCUUCGCAAUAUGGUUAGCGAUGCUGCUGUAGGGUGGUUAUACUUGGAAUGGUUUGUUUGUGAGCACUCAUAGACUACUAAUAUUUAACCGCACGAAAUUCCACCCUGGUACAAACCCCUAACACAGGUGCUCUAAGCGUGAUGCGUGAUGAGCGGGAGAAAACAGUGCGGUUCUUUUGGGAAAAAUCAGUAAGACGGACGGACGGAUGGACGGACGGGUGAUGGGUCGGGAAAAUUAUUUAUACUUAUAACCAACCGGUUCUCACGUUGCCGACGCAGAGUGUCUCUUUAGCGGCAUCAGUCUACCGCGAGCGAUCAUCGGAUGUGGUCUUGUUCUGUUCGAAGCGACCGAGGUAUCACUGGAAUAGAGCUGCAGCAGCAACAGCACUUAGAACAUUGUAGUUCGAAUAAGUAAUUGUAAAUCGCGGCCGGAAUAAAAAUCGCCAACAUCGUUCAUUUAAUAAUUGGUUUCGGGAAAGAAAUUGUGUUUUUUUUUGGUUCGGUGACGUUCGCAUUUUUAGGCGAUUAUUCACCAUACUUCGGGCUUGUACUGAGUUGUCAAGAAGAAGAUUAAUGAGAUCAGUCACUGUGUUCAUGUGAGGAAAUCUGCGAGAAGUGGUUGAUUGUCUCGAAAAAAAUUGAGUUUAAUUGAAUAGAACAGCAGCGGCAGCAGAAUGUCGGUGCUGGUUGUGUUUCCCGAUAUAAAAGAGUGUAGUCUUAAGGGAAAUUACUGAUUUUCGUACCGAAGUGAGUAGCAGAAGAACGAAAGUCAAAGUGUUGGGUGGUCAAACAGUGACAAACGUAACAUAUGUACAUACUUAUUUUUAGUGAGAAAUGAAAACGUUUCCUCAAACAUUCGUGAUUUUCCUCGCAAAAAAAAAAAUACCCUGCCUGUCAAUCUCGUCGUCUCAAUUUACGUAUACCGAGCAAACAACAAAGGAUUUGAAGGUCUAGCAUAGCCGUUUGCGUUUAUUGCCUAAAUACUCGUCGAAGCAUUCCGUUCUGUGGUGGACCGUAAAUAAAAAUAGAACUGCAUCUAGUCCAGAGAAAACCGUCGAGGAGGGAAACUAUGCUUCUCAGUGCCGCAGUGGCGAGCGGAGCUAUGUUUCUUGGUAAACAGCAGACUCAACAGUCGCACGUGCUUCUGGAUUGAGCAUCGCAGAAGCUGAAAACCCAGCUAUUCUUAGCAAUCCUACAUAACGAAAGAAAUUGAAAGUAGAUCAACUCAAACGAAACGAGAAAAAAUAAAACAACAUAGACAGCAAUUAGAGAUCUAAGUCGGUUGGCUGUUGUCUGGAACGGUAAUAGUCGGCAAUUUAGUCCAGGCACCUCGGAGACCACCCCGGGAUGUCGUUCUGUCGCAUUACCGGCAAAUGCCGGUCUCUACCGAAGCCGAACUAUUUUCCGAUGUUACCACCGAUUUCGCCAGCAGAUGCGAAACGGUUUUGUCGCAUAACCGGAAAAUCUUAUGGACUGCCGUCUCAUCACUUCAUUCCCGUACUUCUGAUCAAAUGUUCGUACAAGGAGAAAUGUAAAGUGACCAACAUUGCCGGAGAACUGCAGCCCCAUCACUACAUGCCGGGUGACUACGGAAAUCGAAAGCACGUAAUCAUUUGUCAGCUCCGUUAUGUUCUACCGAUUCUCGAUUCAAACGAUGAAUCACAGAAAAAUCUAACAAACAUCCUUGCCCAGAAAACUAGUCCCAUCGAACAGAGUCUCUACGUCUAUAAGGUAGACGAACGAAACUUCGGUUUGGUGUUUCCGGCUCAGCUGGAGGCAGCCGUACGCGAUGGCGAUAUACGAGACGUCAUGCUCGCCAAAGAAUCCGACAAGCUUCUGAUCAAACUCACGAAAGGUAACAGCGUUUCGGUGAGUCUGAAAAACGUCGAACAAACCGAACUGGAAAAUUUGUACGAAGGUGAAGGUCCCCGUGAAGAAGUGAUCAAGAAGCGCGAAAAGGAGGAAGCCAAACGUCCGAAACCGAAAAGCAAAUCCAACCUAUCAAGUAUCGCUAACAUUUUCGAACAGAAAGAGAAGAUCGAAGACCAGAAAGAUGAAGAGCAGCAGAAAUUUAUCGAAGCCCAUCGAGAGAAAGCGGCGCGUUCCGCCGAAGAACGUCGAGAACGGCAGCAGCUGGAAAACCAGAAGGCUCUAAAGUUGAACGAACAUUUGCUCGAACAAGAAGACGAACUCAGUGAUCUCGUGAAACCAAUGAUCGAGUCAUGGGACUGGAGUACCCUCGAGAAGGAAGCUUCCGAAAACAGUUCAACGGCAAUGUCGAUCAAAGCUCUACCGAAAAGCAUGCAAAUUACACCCCUGGAUCUACCGCCCAAACAGUUCCAAGUGGACAGCAAAAUACUGGACAAAUGUGCGGGUGUAGAAGCAGCUUCCUAUGUUGGAACCAUUAAUCCGGCAAAGAUCGAAAUUAAGACCGAACGCUUGAAUGCCCAGAAAACGCUUCCGGUAGAAACUCUCAACGCUUUGUGGCACAUCGAAGAAAAGCUUUCCGCUCAACCGGAACUCUUUCCUCAUCUGGACGAUCUGGCUUCGGUUGUCGGUCAGCUUCAAGGAGCUAACUCAACGACGGUGGAUGAUAUUCCCGGAGUAAAAUUGGUUAUUAAUCACCAGGAAAUUUUUAUCCCCGGUCAAACCCUAACGAUCGACAACAAACCCACUUUCGUGCCCGGUCAAACGUUGGAGACUCACAACGGGAUGCUGGAAUUUGUCCCGGGAGUUACCAUCACCGCAAACGACGGAAGUAUCAAAUUCAUUCCGGGUGAAAUCAGUUUUACGAAAAUGGGAAAACCGCAAAAUUUUGUCGCUGGUAAAAUGAUCGAAGGAAGGUUCGUUUGUGGUCAGGUGCUUACCAUUAAUGGUGAACCGCAGUUCGUUCAGGGACAGACCAUAGUGACUCCCGAAGGGUUAACCAAAUUUGUAGCCGGAACGAUAGACGAUGCCACGGGAAGCUUCAUUUCCGGGCAGAAUAUUGAAACUCCCGAAGGGAUUAAAUUUGUUCCGGGCCAAACGAUCACCGUUAACGGGAAGGAAAAGUUCAUCCCGGGUCAGACGGUGUUGAACGAGCGAAAAGAAAUGGUAUUCGUUCCGGGUCAAGUCGUGAUGGAUGAGCAGGGGCAAGCUAAGUUCGUUCCCGGAAAAACAAUUGUCAGUGCCGAAGGAUCGAAGUUUGUCCCCGGACAGUACGUGGACGACACGUUUGUUCCGGGAAUUUGCGUUGGAGAAACAUUCGUCCCAGGAGUUAACAUCGAAACGAAGGAAGGAUCGAAAUUUGUGCAGGGACAAAUAGUUCACACGAAACAUGGCGAUGUGUUCAUGCCCGGAUCGACAACGGUGAACGAGAACGGUGAAGUACGAUUUGAAAUUGCUUCCACGAUCGACGCCGUCCAGUUCAGUGAAGCGUCCCCCGUUGCGAUGGUAAUGGACUUCGAUAAUAUGAAGAUAACCGAACCGACGCUGUGUGCUUUUGGACACAUGGUGCAAAAUGAAACCGGAGUCGAGUUCUACCCGGAGAAAAUUAAAAAAGAACACCUCCCGCAAGGCAAGAUCGUGCCGGGUAAACUGAUCAAGCAGCAGGCUCAGACGAAGUUCAUUCCCGGAAUCAAUGUGGAAGAUGGUUUCAUUCCGGGCCAAGUGGUACUGACCGAUCACGGGGAGCAGUUCGUUCCGGGGCAGGUGAUCGAGACUUCGGAGGGAUUGAAAUUCGUACCCGGACAGAUAAUUGAAACCAAGAACGGUGCCAAAUUCGUACCGGGUCAAACGAUGCAAACAAGCGACGGUCCUCGGUUUGUUCCGGGUCAGAUCAUAAAUACCAAAGCCGGACCCAUGUUCAUUCCAGGUCAGGUGAUAUGCACGGAUGAUGACGGAGAGAAAUUUGUACCGGGACAAAUCGUCGAUACGGAAGAUGGUCCACGGUUCGUACCGGGUCGUGUUGUGGAAACGGAAAACAAGGUUACGUUUAUUCCCGGACGAAUCGUCCAAACGGCAGAUGGACCCAAGUUUGUUGCGCCCGAUCUGAAGGACACGGAAGAUGGUGAUGAAGAGUUUUUGGUGCAGAGCUUCACAGUGACACCGGAAGAAUUGAAGCUGCUGAAGCCGAACCAAAACCUAUCUACAUUGGAACCGGCGGAAAGUUCACUGAUCGUUACGCUGGACACUUCAAUGCUACGACAAUUGUCCGAAGCGGGAAUGCACGUUGGACGACAGGUGGAGGCAUCUGCCGUAGAUUAUGUGCUUCAAAGUACAAAAGAACGGAAGGCUUUACAGAGGUUCGUUACGGAAUUGAGCAUCGAAACGGGAAGAAUUAACGUGUUGGAGACGAUCUUUGAUGGUCUGAAAAAAGUUUGCACACGUAUUGAUUUGGAGUCUCUACAGUACGAAGAUGACACCGACAAACGUGUGGAUGUUUCCGCAUGCAACGGUUCGAUAGGAGUUGUGGAAACACUCGCCAGCAACUUGGUAGCGAUUUUGUCGAAUGCCAACGCGGACGAAAACAGAAACAUGUAUGAGGUGAUCGCCGAAGCAAUCAAAAUGUCGGACGGUGAGUACAGUAUCGAAGAGCUACAGCAUGUGCUAGAAACUCCGGCCGCAACGGAAUAUCUGGCAAACGUGAUGAACCGGACUAUUGUGAAAAACAACAUUGACCAGAAGCUCAAAUCGAUCACGGCUUUGGUUGGUGGUUCGAUGAUCGAUGGAGAAGAGUUGGUUACUGUGGCGCCAAAAGGGGCAAUCGAAGAGUUUUGUCAGUUGAUGAACAAUGAUCGUAUGUCGCAGGCUUUUGUGAACCUCCUGCGGAAGGACGAAAAUCUAUUCAAAGUGAUCGUGAGUAGUUUGAAAACUUCGGGUGUUAUCGAGGAUAGCGUAAAUAUUUCCGACAUCUUGCAAAUGGCUGUUGUCGACAGUAUUCAAGAUAAGGCACAGACUGCUAUGGUGGAACUACUCAGUGACUCCAACCGAGAUCAGUUGACGGCAUUGUUGAAAAAGUCGGAGGGUCUUGCGCUAGCUCUGGGCCACACUAAAGAAGCGGAAACAUUCGAAUAUUUACUAAGACAUUCAGAAGCACUGAAAGAUCUAAACAAAGAAGACGAACUUUUCACGAUCAUAAACCGUGUGUUGAUCAUGGAAGAACUGGCCGAGGAUGACGACGAAUGUCGAGAGCUGAUAGACAGCUUGGAAAAAACUCCAGCACAUGCCACGAAAAGUGAUAAGCUGCGGGAUUUGAUACGUCAAAGUGGAGCACUGACGUUUGCACCCGCCAAAAAACCACUGAUCGAAACUUCGAAAGACGUACCGAUUUCAUUGUUCUACACCAAUAAUCGGGUAGCGAUUGAUGAGUUUUUCCUGAAGAGCGGCCAGGUACAGCGACACAGUCCGAAGGCUUUCCUGAUUAUCAAAAAGGGCAUCCAGGCGGUGAUCCCACGUGAAUCCAGCCAUGAGGUACUGGCCGGAAAGAUCGCCUACACGGUAUUGGACGAGAAAGGCAUCCGACACUUCCAGCCGAUGAAUGUGUUGAACGCACUGAAAAUCAUCCCACGCUUCCUGCAUCGAUUCUCGAUGUACACUUGUGAUAUCCGCGAGGAACCGGACAACGAUACGCUUAGCAGUAACAGUAGCCACGAGGGUGACUUGGAGGAACACAGUUUCCACUACCGGCCCCUAUCUAGGCGAAGUUCCAUGUCCAGCAGCGGCAUGGCGACAACCAAUGGCUACUACUACAGUAACAACAACAACAACAACAGGAGAGGGGAUAGACUGGACUAUUAUUCACAGGUGCCGGGUACGCGUCGUAAACAACUGAAAAACGGCUUUAACCAUCAUCAUUCGUAUCGCCGUCCUGAGGAUAGUUUUAAGACCCUCCCGAUGGCCAUGCGGAUAGCGAUCAAGGCCUCACUUUCGCGUGAAGCACCCAUCAUCAAAUCUCCGAGCCGGGAUUACCUCCACCGGUCAUCGUCGAUAAGCCGACUGAAGUGAGCGCUAUUCUGCGGUCCUGAUGUUUGUGCUUUCCUUUAGAUAGAAAUAGAAGCAUAACCGUGAUCUACGAGACAGAGAGAAAAGGAGAGAUCUCUGUGUGUGAGUCUGCUGUUUCCUAGCUCUAGAACGACGAGUACAAUGCGGGCUAUUAUUUGAAACGGAACCGUCACCCUGAUCGCCGUAAUUAAUCGAAAUCCGAACUUGAAAACGGAAACCUUUGCUUUGGCUGCGCUGACAUUAAAUAAAUUGCUGCAUAUGUCAAAUGAAUGCUGCACUGUAGUUUUGAAGAACGAUACGCAAAUAUAAGCUCACUCUAGGAGAAACUAGUGUUUAGUUUUAUGAUAAUUGAUUAAAAAUGUCUACUUGUUAGGAGGAUUACAUGGAAACUGAAUUUUGCGAUGUGUCAAAAAAAUUAUAUUCGUUUUGUAACUCAGAUCAGAAAUGACACCGCAAAAAUCAACUCCGAUCUAGUAAAAGUCACAGCUUGUCUAAACUAAGAUUCACUCUUUUUAUCGUGAAACUAUACAAACAAGAGAUGUAAACAUAUUUGCUGAAUCAUCAAAAUAUAUAUUUACGCUAGGUAGUAUUUA